AUGUUUGGCCAAAAGAAACGUUUAUUCACAUUUCCAUAUGCUGAACAAUCAGAUUCAGAUAGUGAGAAUGAAGAUAUCAACAAUCUCAAUACAAAGGUUAUUCGACACAAUCCAUUACGCUGCAAAAUGUUAGAUGCCUCAAAACAAGAUGCAAAACAAUCAGCUAUCAGUGAUUAUCGACGAUGUUGUCGACCAAGUCAUCUGUGUUGGGGAACUCUGAAAGAUAAAAUCAACGAUAAUCAACUACGCAUAAAUAUUGAGAAUGAUGAUGAAUAUAAAAUACUCGUAAGAGAAUGGCAAAAGACAGUAGAUGAAAUCGCAAAGAAAGAACUAUCAACUGCUAAAAAAACAAAGCAAAAGAAAAGCAAUAAUCUUGUAGGUGUAUCAAAUGCGGAAAAAGCAAAAAUUACUUUAAAACAGAAGGAAUAA